AUGGCUACGACCACGCCGGUAACUAUUCCGGCUAUUGCCCCGCCCCCUAAGCUUCUGUUGGAUGUCGUAGAUGUCGCUGUCGUUGAAGGAGAAUCGGUGGGAGCGGUCGAGGAUGUGGAAGUGGAGGCGAAAGUGGAUGUAGAACUAGCUACACAGAAAGCAAAAUUAGAGAAUAAUCCGUAG